AUGGCAAUGUCGUCUACAGUUAUUACAGACCUGAUGCGUAACAAGACGUCCCCGCGCCGCACAAGAGCGAAGGCCGGCGCCAAGUGCCCCGAGGGCCUACGCCGCUCAUCGCGGGGUCGUCGAGGGCGACCCUUGACCUCGCUGGCGGAAAAGACAGCAGAGCCAGCAGGGCCAGCAGAGCCAGCAGGGCCAGCAGAGCCAACAGUGCCAGCAGGGCCAGUAGAGCCAGCAGAGCCAGCAGAGCCAGCAGAGCCAACAGGGCCAGCAGAGCCAGCAGAGCCAGCAGGGCCAGCAGGGCCAGCAGAGCCAGCAGAGCCAGCAGGGCCAGCAGGGCCAGCAGGGCCAGCAGGGCCAGUAGAGCCAGCAGAGACAGCAGAGACAGCAGAGCCAACAGCUGAAGCAGCAGAGCCAGCAGGGCCAGCUGAACCAGCAGGGCCAGCAGAGCCAGCAGAACCAGCAGGACCAGCAGAACGGCAGAGCCAGCAAGGCCAGCAGGGCCAGCAGAGCCAGCAGAGCCAGCAGGACCAGCAGAGCCAGCAGAGUCAACAGGGCCAGCAGAGCCAGCAGAGCCAGCAGAGCCAGCAGGGCCAGCAGGGCCAGCAGGGCCAGCAGGGCCAGCAGGGCCAGCAGCGCCAGCAGAGCCAGCAGAGCCAACAGGGCCAGCAGAGCCAGCAGAGCCAACAGGGCCAGCAGAGCCAGCAGGGCCAGCAGAGCCAACAGGGCCAGCAGAGCCAGCAGAGCCAACAGGGCCAACAGGGCCAGCAGAGCCAGCAGGGCCAGCAGAACCAGCAGAGCCAGCAGGACCAGCAGAGCCAGCAGAGCCAACAGGGCCAACAGGGCCAGCAGAGCCAGCAGGGCCAGCAGAACCAGCAGAGCCAGCAGGGCCAACAGGGCCAGCAGGGCCAGCAGAGCCAGCAGAGCCAGCAGGACCAGCAGAGCCAGCAGGGCCAGCAGAGCCAGCAGGGCCAGCAGAGCCAGCAGGGCCAGCAGAACCAGCAGAGCCAGCAGGGCCAACAGGGCCAGCAGGGCCAGCAGAGCCAGCAGAGCCAGCAGGACCAGCAGAGCCAGCAGGGCCAGCAGAGCCAGCAGGGCCAGCAGAGCCAGCAGGGCCAGCAGGGCCAGCAGAGCCAGCAGGGCCAGCAGGGCCAGCAGGGCCAGCAGAGCCAGCAGGACCAGCAGAGCCAGCAGAGCCAGCAGGACCAGCAGGGCCAGCAGAGCCAGCAGGCCGCAUAA